UCGGCUCAGGUGGUGCACCCCUGCUAAUUUUUCGUUAGUUUGGUCCAACCACUGAAGAACAAACAAACCAUUGAAGCAGCAAAAGCUCAGCCCCAUUUGCUCUCACAGUCUCUCUCUCCGAAUCUCCGGUCGCAUUGGCGAUGGAAGACAUCGAAGAUUUAUUGGCAGGAGAUGGUGGCGUUGCACCUGGGUUUCGAUUGCCCGUUACUUCUGUUGGGUUAAACCCUAAGAAAAAACCCAUGAAAUCUAACCUUUCUGUAGUUCAACACCCACUUCAAUCCAUCAGAAUUCCCGGCACCCAGACAAUUUAUAUUAAAACUUUUGGGUGCUCUCAUAAUCAGAGUGACAGUGAGUACAUGGCUGGGCAGCUGUCAGCCUAUGGAUAUACCUUAACUGACUUUCCCGAGGAGGCAGACUUGUGGCUGAUAAAUACGUGCACUGUCAAAGCACCUAGUCAAUCUGCCAUGGAUACUCUCAUUUCAAAAGGUAAAGGUGCGAACAAACCCCUGGUCGUGGCAGGGUGUGUCCCGCAAGGAAGUCGGAACAUAAAAGAGCUUGAAGGAGUUAGUAUAGUUGGUGUGCAGCAAAUUGAUCGUGUCGUAGAAGUUGUAGAAGAGACCUUGAAAGGCCACGAGGUGCGGCUUUUAAAUAGGAAAACAUUGCCUGCUCUUGAUCUCCCAAAGGUGAGGAAGAACAAGUUUGUUGAGAUUCUUCCUAUUAACGUUGGUUGUUUAGGUGCUUGUACUUAUUGCAAGACAAAGCAUGCACGUGGUCAUUUAGGAAGCUAUACAGUGGACAGCCUUGUUCAGCGUGUGAAAACUGUCAUAGCAGAUGGAGUUAGGGAGAUAUGGUUGAGCAGUGAAGAUACUGGAGCAUAUGGCCGUGAUGUUGGAGUUAAUCUUCCUAUUCUUUUGAACGCGAUGAUUGCGGAGCUCCCCUCCACUGGAAGUACAAUGCUUCGUGUUGGGAUGACUAAUCCCCCUUAUAUACUUGAACACCUGAAAGAAAUAGCUGAAGUAUUGUGCCAUCCUUCUGUGUACUCCUUUCUUCACGUUCCUGUUCAAUCUGGGAGCAAUGCUGUCUUAACUGGCAUGAAACGUGAAUACACUGUAGAAGAGUUCAGGAUUGUGGUGGAUACGUUGACCAAACUGGUACCUGGGAUGCAGAUUGCAACAGAUAUAAUAUGUGGUUUUCCUGGUGAAACUGAUGACGAUUUUUCUCAGACUGUUGAGCUUAUCAAGGAGUAUAAAUUCGCUCAAGUUCAUAUUUCACAAUUCUAUCCUCGGCCUGGUACUCCUGCUGCAAGGAUGAAGAAGGUUCCAAGUGCUAUCGUAAAGAAGCGAAGCCGUGAAUUAACUGCUGUUUUUGAAUCCUUCACCCCAUAUAAUGGAAUGGAAGGGCUAGUUGAGAGGAUAUGGAUAACAGAUAUUGCUGCUGAUGGAACUCACUUGGUGGGACACACCAAAGGAUACAUACAGGUAUUGGUCAAUGCUCCAGAAAGCCUUCUGGGUUCAUCAGCUACUGUAAGGAUCACUUCUGUUGGAAGAUGGUCAGUUUUCGGUGAAGUGAUCCAGGUUCUAAGUUAUAAUGCUCAAGAUAGAACUUUGAAUAAGGAUGAAUUGAGUUGCAGUAGAUUUUCUCCAAGUGGUGUUAGCGAUGAAUCUUGUGCGUGCUCUAAAGAUCCAGAUUCAUGUUGUAGUGCAGCAAAGUGUGCUGAUACUUCAGAAGUUCCCAUCAAUAGCAACCAAGGAAAAGAUGAUCAAAACUUUGACGGACCGUGGAAGCGGAAUAGCCUUACAUUUAAGGCCUCGGAGAAUACAAAAUUUCAGGAACCUAAUCCAGAGGAACAAUCCGGCAAAGCAAGAGCAAGAGCAAGCAUGGCGCAGUGGAAUAUUAUCGAUAAAUCUCUUGUUGCUGGUAUUUUUCUUAGUUUUUUAAUCGCUGUAGCUUGCUUUUCUCAACUAUGGGCAAGGAAGGUGAUGUCUAGUUAACACAUUGAUUUCAUUUUCUUGCAAACUAGAGUGGUUGUCACCAGACAAAAUGACACAAAUUUUGCUACACUGUAUUGGUGAACUCAUUUUUCUAGCAUAUGAUGUUUAAAACUAGAGUGUUUCAUUUU